AUGACGUCGCUGGCAGUCAAGCCUACGCGCAUCCGGGGAGGUGUGACGCUGUGCUGCUACGGAUCGACCAAAGCGCAGCGGCUGGCGAACGCCCUGAGACCGCAGGAGCGCACCAGUGUGUACGAUGCCGGUAACUACCAAACGGUAGCCAAACCGGCAUACGGCGCGGCAGACCGCGAGUGGUCGUACGUCAACACCGAUGUGUAUAACAAGCUACUGGAGAAGGCGCUGAAACGCAACGGCAAUGUGAAAGCUGCCCGACGUUCCCCCGUAAGCAUAGGCUCAAAACCCGAGAAGCACGCCAAGGUUCUAGAUGCGCUUAAUGACGCAUUUUGGAACGCCGUGCGCGAAAGGAACCGGAAUUCGGUACCCGGAUCCAUCACCAAGCGUAGUUCUGCAACGACUCAAGAUCGCAUUGCUGUUCCAAGGGGAAAUGCAAGUUCAACACAAGGGGCAGAGAAGCGCGUGAGAACGUGGUUAAAGUCGCCAGUGUCCAGGGGGGCAGCCUAUAUCGAUGAUUUGCCCUAUGUGAACGACCUCCCGCUGACUGUGUGGGAGCUGGGGACCCCCAGAUACGAGCAGAACACAGCAGGGAGAGGCGAUGGAAGCCCUACGGAUGACAGGGGCGCAAAUGCGAACAAAACUGUCGUCAAUGAAGGGCCGAUGGAAUCACCUAUAUAUGUAAAUGCAGAUGUGAUCGGACGCAGUGAGCAGUCCGUUGUGCCCAAUGAAUACCGAUUGGAUUUGGAUUAUGCCAAUCAGUCGAGGAUCGGCAAUUUCGUGGAUACGUUCGAUGGCGCCACAGCCCCGCAUAUGGGCACGGCAGCGCAGCCGGAUGUCAACAUGGACACUACCAUGGAGUUAAACACGCCUGACAGGCUUGUGCUUGACGGCGCGACGCUGGAUGCCAAACUCGGGGCGGCGCUUAUGCCGGAGGUGACGCCGGUGCGUGAAGAGCGCCAGGCACCAGCUCCCGCAGCGAGGCGAGACAGAAGUUUGAAACCGAAGAAGCAUGGAAUUAGGCCCACACUCCGGUCGCUCGACUUGGAUUCAAUUUCGGGCUACUUUGUAGUAAAUGCAAGUGCGGAUUGGGAGUUCGAAUGA